UAGGCUGCAGCUGUGGUGGCGGGGUCGCGCUGCUCAGACAGGCAGAGCACCGAGGAACCAGCGGCGCGCGCUCACGGAGUCCCACUCAGCUACACGCUCCUCAGACAAAGAGAAGCACGCGAGGCAGCAGAGCAUCCCACCCUUUCAGCCACGAGCUCACUUACAGAACCGCCCCCCCCCCAUCCCUCUCGCACAAAACCAGUCCGGUCCGAGGCUCGAGCGCACAGAACCGACAAUGACCAGUAACGGCGCGGCGAACGGAACCAGCGACAUGCUGCAGAUCCAGUUCGGUCUGAUCAACUGCGGGAACAAAUACCUGACGGCGGAGACCUUCGGCUUCAAAAUCAAUGCCUCUGCCACGAGCAUGAAGAAGAAGCAGAUCUGGACCCUGGAGCAGAGCAGCGACGACUCCAGCGGGAACGUCUUCUUUCUCAAGUCACAUCUGGGCCGGUACAUCGCCGCCGACAAGGAUGGGAACGUUACCGGCGACAGUGAGACCCCGGGCCCGGAAUGCCGGUUCAUCAUCACGGCCCAUGAUGACGGCCGCUGGUCCCUGCAGUCCGAGCCCCACGGGCGCUACCUGGGCGGCACCGAGGACCGGAUCAUCUGCUUCGCCCAGACCGUGUCUGUAGCAGAGAAAUGGAGCGUGCACAUCGCUAUGCACCCGCAGGUGAACAUCUUCAGCCUGACGCGCAAGCGGUACGCGCACCUGAGCGACAAGGUGGACGAGAUUGCCAUUGACCGGGACGUCCCGUGGGGGGUGGACUCCAUGAUCACGCUGGUGUUCCGCGAGCAGCGCUACCACCUGCAGACCUCCGACAACCGCUUCCUGAGGAACGACGGCGCGCUGGUCGCCACCACGGACAAGAGCACGGGCUACACGCUGGAGUUCCGCUCCGGUAAGGUGGCGUUCAGGGACUGUAGCGGCAGGUACCUCGCUCCCUCCGGGCCCUCGGGCACCAUGAAGUCCGGCAAGAGCCCACGCGUUGGCAAGGACGAGCUGUUCGUGCUGGAGCAGAGCCACCCGCAGGUCGUGCUCACCGCGGCCAACGACAGGAACGUCUCCACCCGGCAAGGUAUGGACCUGUCAGCCAACCAGGAUGAGGAAGGCGACCAGGAGGUGUUCCAGGUGGAGAUUUGCAGAGAAAACAGGAAGUGUGCGUUUCGGACUGCAGCUGGGAAGUACUGGACCCUCACUGCAAACGGCGGCCUGCAGUGCACCGCCUCCACCAAGUCAGCUAACUGCUACUUCGACAUCGAGUGGCGUGGGAAGAGGCUGACUCUCCGGGCCGCCAAUGGGAAAUAUGUUGCCGCCAAAAAGAACGGCCAGCUAGCGGCCACCAUCGACUCUGCCGGUGAGUCUGAGGAGUUCAUCAUGAAACUGAUUAAUCGCCCGAUCAUCGUGCUGCGCGGGGAGCACGGCUUCAUCGGCUGCAGGAAGGUGACGGGGACGCUGGACUCCAACCGCUCCUCCUACGACUACUUCACUCUGGAGUUCAGAGACGGGGCCUACAGCCUGCAAGACUCGACGGGAAAAUACUGGAUGGUGGGUAGCGAGCAGUCGGUGGUGAGCAGCAGCGACACACCUGUCGACUUCCUCUUCGAAUUCUGCGACUACAACAAGCUGGCCAUCCGCCACGCCGCCGAUGGCAAGUACUUGCGUGGCGACCACGCCGGCGUGCUGAAGGCCAAUGCUGACGACCUGGAGACGGCCACACUCUGGGAGUACUGAGGGAAGUGGGCAGCUGUGGUAACGUGGAUGUGGUCGCCUGCUGAUGGAUGGAUGAAUGAAGUGUGGUGACGCAGCACUGCCCAUCCACAGCCCCUCUCCCCUUCUUUCAUUCCCUAUAUUAUAUCCUGUACUUUAUGUUGAUAAACUGCACAGAGAGAACAGGAAGGAUAGGAGGAGGAGGGAGACACCUCUCUCUCUCGCCUCCCUUUCCUUCCUUUUAUCCUUCCUUCCUCCCUUUUCACAGCUCUGCUCUGCAGUGCCGACCUUUAUCUGUUGCCAUAGUUACCAUGGGGCUACCGUGCACUUUUUCUGCUCCGAUCUGGUUUGCUGCUCGACCUGUCACUCACUUCCUCCUCGCCUUACGAUUGGGCCUUCCCUCUCCCAGAGCAGAGCGGAGCCACAUUUAAAGAGCCCCCUCCUCUGAGUUAACCCCCUCGUCUUUCCAUUUGUCUCUAUUGUCUGUGUGAGCAGCACAUGGUGGCAGUAUUUAUGGUGUCUGACCUGGUGUGAAGGAGCAGUUUGUGCCUGAUCUAGUCUCCAAAAACAAACUCACUCCUGGAACAAAUCUACACGUCUGUUAGCUGCAUAUACAAAGAUCAAGGUGGUGGGUUUGUUUUUGUGCAGUUGGGUCGUGCACAAACCGGUUCUCUGCUUCUGUCAGAUCAGGCCAGUUAGUUUUCAUGUGUAGGCCUCGCUGCCUCUGUGCGACGACUGUGAUAUAACUGGAGUGCUAAUUAUGACGAUAAAGAUACUGAAGCUGAUGUGACGGGCUUAAACCCCCCUCUUCAUCUCAACUGUAAAAUAUUAAUGUAAAGCAGUCUCUUGUUGUUCUCUUUAGUUGACGGGGAGUCCCAGUCCUUGGACCAAAUGGGAUGUAGGAAGUUGAAACGCGCUCCGUCCUCGUUUUUCUCUGCCACAAGCCAGAAGUAACUGUCCCGAGAAUGUUGGAAGGAAAAUUGGUCACUUAUGUUUACACAUUUGGAUUCAUUUCUUUUCUAUGUCCAAGGCACAGACAUUAUCAUAGGUAGAACUACAGCAAGUAGCAACUAGACUAAUUAUUUCUAGACCCUUUUGAAAGCUGCUCUUUGAAUCGCUCGACCAAACUUAACCCAGAGCCUUUAUCUAGACCAAACCUUUGACACUAGACUAACAAACUGUCAUCUCACAUCAUAAAACUGGAACCUGGUGCUACAACAUGUUAAACUGGUGUCCCGUCGAGCAUCUCGCACACCGUCUGGACCGACGUACUUUCUGCUGCGUCUCUAGCUUUGCCAUAUAACCGAAAGGGCUGCAAGACUGCCCUCAACAUAAUCUGCUUUUUCUUUGCUUCAACUUUCUUCCUGAACGUUGAGCCUUUACAGUGACAUGACAAAAUCCAAUUAGUUUUGUUCAGUCUUUCUGUUCCUGAUUCCUCGUUGGUAAAGUGAAGGUAUGAGUUAAAAAAGUAGAAGCAGAAUUUGUUGUAACUGCACCCAUGGGUCCUGCCCUCUUGAUUCUCUACCCUUCAGGGGACGUUGGGUUUUGUCUGGCUUUACGAUACAGCAGAUUGUAUUCGCACAAGGUCCUGAAUCAUUGGGCUUUUCCACCCAACAACAUUCCUCUGAUGGAAACCAUCACUGGAAACUGGAAUGAAACGGGAUUGCAGCCAGCUCCCCAAAAGGUCAGUCGAUUCUCUGCUUUUCCAGGAAGGGUUGAGAAUCGCGGGUGAAUAAAAGGAGCGGUCGGCCUCGCAGGAACCUCCGAGGUAACAAAGACCGAGGCUUCGGCAAACGGAUCUGGAAGGGUAAACGUGUGGUAAUGACUGUGCCUUACUCUCCAGUUUUUGGGCAGUAGGAAAGUAAAAGGAAAAAAAAAAUGAAUUGGAGGUCCACAUCUUUGCUUUGUAUAACUGGAACUUCCUUUUGUAUUAUUUGGUAUAAGUUUUUGUUUUUUUUUGAUAUUGUGGAUUAAUCUCUCUCUCGUGCCAUUAGUUCACCUGAAAUCCAACAACCAAUAAAACUGGGAUUGGAAAUGC